GCGUAAUCAUACCUAGGUAUCCAGCAACCCAGCAUGGCCCCCAAGAUCACAUUAUACACCGCUCAUCAUUGCCCGUACGCUCAUCGAACUCAGAUCGCCCUCCGCGAGCUCGGCCUCGAGUUUGCAACGGUCCUGAUCGACAUUAUGAUCCCUCGCACGCAUGAAUAUCUAACCAUCAACCCGGGUGGCAUGGUCCCAGCCCUCACAGACCGGCUACGAACUUCAUAAAAGCUUGUAGAAGCUUGUGAAAGGGAGUGUCAUCAUCCACGUGGAC